AUGGCGUCGGCAUCAUGGAAUCGGUGGGGCAGUUUGAUCCUGGUGGUCGGUUGGCUCGCUACCUGCUCGGGCCAGGCUGGGACCUGCGACACCUUGGGUGAAUUUGAGUGUCAGAGUCAAUCAGCCUGCAUCUAUGAGCCCAUUUCUAGCAUUUGCCGUGCCCGGGAAUGCUCCGACGCCAUGGAUGAAAGCCAGUGCCUCCGUCUCUCUGGCUGCACAUUCGAUCGUUUGGCUUGGAUCUGCCAUAACGCAAGUGUGCCCCCGGAAUGCCAGCUCUACAGCGACCCCAGCAGCUGCCCUUCAGAUCGCUGCCAAUGGUUCAACGGUUACACAACAGGUCGAUGCAUGGGCAUUGAUGAAGAUAUGCCAUGUGACCUUUACGGCCCGGUGGAAUGUCCAACUGCAGAAUGUUAUGUCAACGAGAACAACAUCUGCACAACAAGCACUUCCACGACCUCUUCACCAUCAUCCACCACAUUGCCCUUGUCCUCAACAACACCUAUUGAGACAACUGUGCCUGCCACGACCGCGGCCAGCACUGCUGCGAGCACCACGAUGACGCCUACCACCGCCACUAUGUCAGCCUCGCCCACAAUGGCCGUCACUACUACCUCGGGAGCAUCAACGUCCACCACGAUGGCUGCUACCACCGCUUCGACCACCGUCACCACCUCCUCCUCAUCGCCACCCAUUACCAUGGCAUCAAGCAGCAAUCCUGCGACAACGACGCUUGAAGGUGCCGAAUCCACCACCUCUUCCUCCAUUACCAUGGCAUCAAGCAGCAAUCCGGCGACAACGACGCUUGAGGCUGCCGAAUCCACCACCUCCUCCUCAUCGCCACCCAUUACCAUGGCAUCAAGCAGCAAUCCUGCGACAACGACGCUUGAAGGUGCCGAAUCCACCACCUCUUCCUCCAUUACCAUGGCAUCAAGCAGCAAUCCGGCGACAACGACGCUUGAGGCUGCCGAAUCCACCACCUCCUCCUCAUCGCCACCCAUUACCAUGGCAUCAAGCAGCAAUCCUGCGACAACGACGCUUGAAGGUGCCGAAUCCACCACCUCUUCCUCCAUUACCAUGGCAUCAAGCAGCAAUCCGGCGACAACGACGCUUGAGGCUGCCGAAUCCACCACCUCCUCCUCAUCGCCACCCAUUACCAUGGCAUCAAGCAGCAAUCCUGCGACAACGACGCUUGAAGGUGCCGAAUCCACCACCUCUUCCUCCAUUACCAUGGCAUCAAGCAGCAAUCCGGCGACAACGACGCUUGAGGCUGCCGAAUCCACCACCUCCUCCUCAUCACCACCCAUUACCAUGGCAUCAAGCAGCAAUCCGGCGACAACGACGAUUGAGGUGCCGAGUCCACCACCUCUCUCCUCACCCAUUUCCAUGGCAUCAAGCAGCAAUCCGGCGACAACGACGAUUGAGGCUGCCGAAUCCACCACCAGCCCAAAUCAGCCCAUACGAUGGCAAACCCGUCAUCGUCACGCCUCAUCGACUUCAGCUACCCUUUCCCUGGCGUCAUCCGUGGCAUCUUCCACGGGUGUAACGACCAACGCAACGAUGGCUGGCUCCACGACCACUGCGGCAGUGCCAACAAGUAACUCGGCCUCUAGCGCGAAUACAACCUUGACCACCACUACCACCUCUUCUACUACCACUACAUCUUCCACCACGACGCCUACCACCACGACAUCAACCACCACUACAUCUUCCACCACAACGUCAAGUUCCACGACCACAAGCACAACUACUUCCUCUACCACCACCACAAGCACCACUACCACCUCCACUACCACCUCCUCCACUACCACCACCUCCACUACCACCACUUCCACUACCACCACUUCAACGUCGACCUCCACUACCACGACGACCAGUACCUCGGCUUGUCCUUCGCGCGUCCCAGAUUUGGAUGUAUCUGUGGUUUCACGUUGCUUGAACCUUGGCGAGGGCGGCGAAUGCCCUUUGCCUUGUGCCGCAGGCUACCAAGGAGCCGGUGGCGUGGCGACAUGCCGCCGAGGUGCCAUCUGGGAGAUUACGACCAAUCCCACUUGUGAACCUCUUGAUUGUGGCACUUGUAAUGAGACCGUGCACGGAUAUGCGGGCGCCGCGACCACCCUAGUGAAUGGUACCACUACAUUGGGCUCGCUUUGCGUUGCCGACUGCUCACCAGUUUGCGAUAGCCUGCCUUCUACCAUGGCUACCGAUCUGGUUGCAGUGGGCACCUGUGCGGGCAAUCCGGGUGAUGAAUGUGACAUUGAACAUGUAUUCCAGUGUCGCGCCGGGUUUGGUGUUGACGCCUCCCGUGCUUCUGAGAUCAAAAAUUACACGUGCAAUGCUAGUGGUGACUGGGUGGAUGGCAACUGGCCAUGCCGAGCUUGCGAGCCAAACAGCGAAGAGUAUGCCACCGACGGCCGUUGCCUAGUGGCCCAGGCCUGCGUCGAUGGUGUAUCAUACGAAACUGCUCCUGUCACUGCCACCAGCGGUCGCGAGUGCACACCCAUUUCGACGUGCCCGAGUGGCACGUAUAUCAGCGCCGCAGCUACUUUGACAUCAGACGUUGUGUGCACUAGUUGGGCUGCACCUUGUGCCGCGGGCCAAGUGCAGGUGUUGGCGCCCACGGUUAACGAGAAUCGUGAAUGUGCCAACUGCCCCAGCUGUGAAGCUGGAGUGACGGUCCGCAGGGCCGAUACGUGCACCGGGGACAUGUUGCCGACCAGUGUCAGUCUUUCCGACACGUGCCGAGCCUGCACCACUUGUGACGAGGUGGUACAGUAUGCCAAUCUGACGGCCCCAGCAGCCGGCGUGGUGAUGGCGGCCCCCGGAUUUUGUAGCGUGGAUUAUGACACCCAAUGUACCGACCUGACCACGUGUGUGGUGGGUGACCAGUUUUCAGGUCGAGAGCUGCAAGCCCCUUCAACCACCAGCGAUCGCGUUUGUGGUGCGCUGACGACUGCCUCUCGCACGCAGCCCAUGUUGCUGCAGCAGACCAUCGAUGACGACAGCACCAUGCUUGUGACGGGUGUGCUGCGCCUGCCGGAAACGCCGGCGUCCAGUCUGCAAUCUGGAGCCAACAGCGCGACAGCCGAGACCGAUGACACCAUGGUUUGGGACACCGCUGCGCUGAACGUACUUACACAGGCUCUGCGCCACCACAUGGCAAGUCUCAGUGCGUCGGGUGUGGUCUUGGUCAGCGUGCUUGCCAUCGAGACGGACUCCACGACGGGCGGGGUGCAGGUGGUGUACUUGGUCGAGCUAACCAUGCCAGAGCAAACAGUCAUGGCUGAGACGGGCGAGGUGGCGACCACCGCAGCGGCAGAGCGCACGUUUGCGCUGCAGGUGGGAGCCUUGCUACAGCAGAUUCUCGUGUUGCAGCAGCGAAUUCAAGGCUUGGCACAAGCAGCUGGCUACGAACCCCUGGCCACGGCCGUGGUCGGAGCCUACGCGGCUGAGGACACGUCCUACAUCACGCAAGCCAGCACCAGUGUAUCACUGUCCCAGGGCAACGACGACAGCGACCGUGACACCAUCCGCUCACGCAAGGCCUCAGUGGACCUGGCUCCGGCCAGUGAGCUAGGCGGGGUCAUGGAGAUGCAGAGACGAGGCCCUCCUGGCGAGAUCAAUGCGUCACAGGUGGAGCAAUACGGCGAUCGUGUCGUCUUCCGUAGCCAGGAAAUGAACCAAAGCCGGGAUACUCACCGCACGAACAUUGGCAGCAGCAUCGAUGUUGCCUACAUUAUUUAUCAGUAUUUGUCAGACAAUUAUGGACCGAACCAAUUGUCAGACAAACGCUGUCAGUUGAGCGUCGUGUCGGACGAGACGACGCGACUCGAGUUUUUGAAGAUGAUGGCGACAGCGGAGAUGGCGACGGAUGCGAAGACGGAGACGGAGACGGAGACGAUGGCGGGGAUGGAGACGGGAGAAAAGGUGGAUGAAGCGGUAGAGGUGCGCGCUGAAGCAGAGGCAGAGGCAGAGGCAGAGGCAGGCUUGGAUGCGGAGACAGCGGUGAUGGAUGAAGAUGCCGAGCUGAAGGGGAGCGAUGAGCCCACGAGGCGCGCUCCACCGGCAGCAGCCACGGUUAUCGUUUCGGGCAUGGUGAUGGGAGGUGCUGGUCCUGCGGCAACACCGGCCACGCAAACAGGAAAUGAAAUGGAGGCUAGCACCGAGGGUCAAACAGCUGUCAGCGCCGCGCCCAGCACCAAUUCUUCGGCAUUGGCCAGUGACUGGUCCCUCAACAAAGCUCCAUUUUCGGCAGCCACGCAGCUCGCGCACUACUUGGGUGCUUAUGGGCGUGUUCUAUCGGUAGAUGGACGCCAAGCCGAAGUGUUUGUACGCCUGGAGGAUGAUGGCGUUGGUGCUGCUUGCGUACGCUCACUCCACAACACGAUGCUCAACGGCACGCGCAUUCGUAUUCGCAACGCCGCCCAACGCCGUACACAUGACGAAGCCAUGCAGGAUCGAUCCAGGCACCAUGUUUCAGCCAACCGCGAGUCAGAUGACCUCAAUGGCAGCUUUGUCGGGCGUCGUCCCAACACAACGCGCGGCGAUGCAGACUCGGAAGAGGAUGAGCAACGCCGUCGCGAAACGAAGCGGCAGCAGGAGGCUAAUGGUGACAAAUCUCCCAGAGAGACUGACGCUUCGGCAAAACACUUUAGUCGCUUUGACGACGACGACGACGAUGUAACGGCUGAGGAUUACGGCGAGGAUGAUUUCGACCUCGAGGGCGGCGAACAAAGCGCAAAGCGCGUCAAGCGCGCCUAA